AAAAAAGGGUAAAGAGAACCCAACACUCAAGAAAGAAUUGAUCCCACGUUCACAAACCUCUUUUUAUUAUCGUGUUCAGUGUGUUUUGUUUUCGUUUCUCCUGUUUUUAUCUUCCCUUAUCGAGAGAUGGCUAAGGAGACUUUGACCUCGAGCCAUGGCCACCAAACGGAACUGCUAGAAGAGGGCCCUCACACAAAAAACUGCGAGUUCUGCGUUUUACCGAAACCCGCAUUGUAUCGUUGUAUAGAAUGCAAUGCAAACAUGUGCGGAGAUUGCUUCGAGAUUCCCCCGAAAAUCGCUCACUGGCUUCACCACCACCACAGCCUAAGACUAAAGACAACCUCAAAGCCAUUACCUGGUCCAGAUGUGGCGUUCCCCAACUAUGGCGGUUUGGAUUUUCUCAUAUGUAAAGGGUGUAACUACAUCUCCCUGCCACGCGGGCGUUACGAAUGUGACGGCAUUUGCGAUUUUCUCAUGUGCGUCGAGUGUGGCGUAUCGAAAACGAGCAAGAGGCCGCUCGGAUGGGAAGGCGACGACGAGGGAUUUCUUCGGCAUUGGAGCCAUGCGCACCAGCUCGUGCGGUGUAGGUUCAGAGAGUACGUUCAUGUGGUGGAACAAUUUCAUUACGACUGCACCGUAUGCGAGCUUCCGAUGUGGGGUGUAGGUUAUGCAUGUGUUCGGCUAUCAUGCAGGCAUUUCAUACAUGAGUCAUGCAUGGACAUACCUCCCGUCAUGUAUCACCCUUUGCAUCCUCAUCCUCUCACCCAUCCGGAUUUCAGCCUCACUUCCGACUACCAAAUGUGUCGGGUGUGCGGCCACUGGCUCACCUUGCGGAAUCUAACGACGUUCAACUGCGAUAGAUGUAAGUUUGCGUUGCAUUUCCAAUGCGCCAUUUCCGCUCUCCGGAUGAUAAAGCUCGAGGCCCACGAACACGGCCUUGUAAGCGUGCUCGUUGCCGACAACUUUCAUUUCACGUGCCACGUUUGCAAAAAAAUAUCUCGAGCCACUGUCUCCGUUGUGCGCAAUGCGAGAGAUUCUUUCACGCUGAGUGUGUUUCUGUCCCUUCGGAGUUCGAACACGACCAUCAUGAUCACGCUCUUACUCUUAUGGAUGGAUUACCGUAUACAUCUCAUCCGUAUCUACAGAGCGAAUAUUCAUGUGACAUAUGUGAGGGGAUGAUAAAGGGAGCAAGAAGCAUUCAAGUUUACGGAUGUGAUGAAUGCAAGUUGUAUGCGCACAUUGAAUGUGUGUUAUCUAAGAAAGAUGGAUUUGUCCAGUUUUCAUCAUCUUUGUUGCGGAAGAAUCAUUCAAGUGAUAAAGAGAUAAUUAAGAAGGCCAUUCAUGACCAUCCUUUGAGCUUGCAAAAUGGAACAAAUAAACUUUGUCGAAUGUGCAUGCUUCAGAUGGAGGGUCAAGCUUAUGCAUGUGAGGAAUGUCAUGAUGAUGAUGAGUUCUGGGUUCAUGAGAAAUGCGCAUCACUGCCUCAGACCUUACACGGCCAUCCUCUUCACCCGAACCACGAGCUCGAUCUCGCCAAACGUAUUCUUCUUAGACGAGUGUUCAACCAGCAAUCCCGCUGCAGAAUAUCUGCCGAUAGAGAUUGGUUUAUAUGUGCCGUUUGCGGAGACGUUUCUCAGGGAUUUCAUUUCUCCUGCCGCUCUUGCGAGUUUUUUGUCGAUGUUAAAUGCGUGCUCGAUGCCGACAAAUUCAGACAAACUUUCUACGACAAAUACGCAAGAAAGACUCUGAAUCACCCUCUGCACCCACAACACGAGCUAACCCUCGCGAAUUUUAAUGCAGGUAUUCAUGCACAGUGCCGUGUGUGCUUCGAAAAACUCUUAGGUCCAUCGUACUGUUGCACAAAAUGUAUAUCCUAUAGUUACCAUGAAACUUGUAUGGAGUGGCCGCGUUUGGUCGAAGGACAUCCUACUGCUCCUCGUCAUGUUCUUCAGCUUGACGGUACAAUCACCUGGCAAGUUUGUUUUGCGUGCGAGAAUUAUACGCACCACGGCUAUAAAGUCAUCAACGCGAGAAGACAAAUAUAUUACCAUCUCGAGUGCGGCAGCUCCUUGGCUCGUCCCUUUGAUCGUCGACGUGGAGGUCAUAGCCAUCGAUUCUAUUAUCUUCACAACAAGCCUAAAGGCAUCCUCAGAAAGGUUUUUAAAUGUGCCUCUUGCAGAGAGGAAGUGAGGAAUUCGUAUUAUCGAUGUCUUAAAUGUGGUCUUUAUUUCCAUUUUGGAUGUCUCCGUGACGCUGCAUGGCUACCAAGCGCUGCAAAACACAAACACCAUCAGCAUCGACUCACACUCAAGGAGUACGUCGAAUACGGAGGAUACUACUGCGAUGUAUGCGAAGAACCGAGAGAUCCUCGACAUCCAUCGUACGGAUGCGACGUCUGCGAAAUCGUCGUGCACGUUGAAUGCAUCAUUUCCGAGGAAAAUGCCUCUAGUGUAGUACUUGAAGAGAUUGAAAACGAUGGUGUGAUGAUCCCGAAGUGCUCGAAACCCGGCCUCUACAUAGCAACAAGAAGAUCUGAGAGAUCCUCGGCACUCAUCGCACGAAUGCGACGACUGUGAAUACGCCAUGCAAGUCGAAUGCAUCAUUUCUGAGGAAAAUGCCUCCAGUGUAGUACUCGAAGAGGUUGAAAGCGAUGGUGUGAUGAUCCCGAAGUGCUCGUCAAAUUCCUGAGACA